AUGGUUACUCAAGAGUUGCAUGUGUUGAGUAAUGUGGAGAACCUAAUCCUGGAUUAUACUCCAUUGGACAUCAACUUUUUGCAAAGCAUAAGCAUCUUGACUUCUCUCAAAACCCUGUCUUUGUUUGACUGUGCUCUAGUUGGCAUUUUACCUACUCAUCAAGGUUUAUGUUAUCUAAACAAUCUCGAGGAAUUGAGUCUCAAUGGAAAUGCUCUAGGUGGUGCAGUUGCUCCAUGUUUGGGCAACUUGACAUCUCUUCGCUAUUUGGAUAUAUCUAACAAUCACUUCACUGGAAAUAUUGCCUCCACUCCCCUCGCUAAUCUCACCACGCUUCAAUUCCUCUCCCUUUCAAAUAAUCAACUUCAAGUUCCAAUGUCAUUCAGGUCUUUUGCUAAUCACUCCAAUCUUAAAGUCCUUUUAGCCGAUCAAAACAAUAUGGUCGCAGAUGAGCCAACUGCUUUCCAAACAUGGUGGCCAAAAUUUCAACUUGAGGUAUUCAGCAUGUCAAAUUGUAUGAUAGAAGAACAUGGGAACCUACAACUUCCUAAUUUCCUAUAUUUCCAACAUGAUUUGAGAGACGUUGAUCUUUCUUAUUGCGAUUUUGGCGGAAUAAGGUUCCCACAUUGGUUGCUGGAGAAUAAUACACGAUUGGAACAACUUUACAUGAUAGAUACUUCAAUUGUGGGUCCUUUGUUCUUACCAUCACAUCCAAGUUUCAAUCUGAAGGUAUUUGAUAUAUCCAAUAAUAAAAUACAUCAUGAUAUUCCAAGGAAUUUUUGCUCACUUUUUCCACAUUUGGAAGGACUGUUCAUGUCGAAAAAUGACUUCAAAACUGAUAUUCCUCCAUGUUUGGGUGGUUUGAGGAGAUUACAAAUGUUAGACUUGUCCCAUAAUGAUUUGUUUGGAGAAAUACCUGAAGAGUUGCGUAUGAGUAGCUCUUUAGCUAAUCUUAUACUUUCAAAUAACAGUUUGAGUGGCAAAAUAAUUCCCACAGUUUAUCAUUUAAUUAUUUUGUUGGAGGAAUUACGUUUGGAUGGUGACAAGUUUGAGGGAGAGAUUUCUUACUUUUCACCCAUUAGCAUUAAAAAUCUCCAAGUGUUAGAUGUAAGUGAUAAUGAUAUCUCUGGUGAGCUUCCAACAUGGUUAUGGGAUACAAUAUCUUUGAAAAUACUGGAUUUCUCCAAAAACAAUUUCGAGGGUCCCAUUACCAUGCAAUUAUGCAAGUUGAUCAAUCUGGAGUUUCUAGAUCUUUCUUCAAAUCAUUUGUCUGGUACUAUUCCAUCUUGCUCGAAUCUACAAAGGAUGAGGCAUGUGCAUUUGGCCAAUAAUAGACUUAGUGGAACACUGUCAAAUGUCAUUUUUAAAAGCUCUCCACUGGUUACGUUGGAUUUAAGUGGAAACAGUUUAACCGGAAGAAUUCCAAAUUGGAUUAGCACGCUACCGAUUUUGAGCGUCCUUCUUCUAAAAGAAAAUCAAUUUGAUGGUGAAUUUCCUCUACAGUUAUGCAAACUACAGUCAUUAAGCAUCUUGGACUUUUCACACAAUAAACUUUCUGGUCAUUUACCUUCCUGUUUGAGUAAUUUAACUCUCAAGCCAAGUGAAAAGUCUUACGUUGAUUCUGGUGGUUAUCAGUUUGAUUUUUUUGAUGACGUAAUGGUACAUAUGGGACUAACCAUAUACAAUCUCACAGGCUUGGUGAGUGUAUAUAGAGGUUAUCCUUUUACCUACCAUGAAGAAGAUGUACUAUUCUCAACAAAGGGUGCAACCUACACUUACAAGGGAAAUAUUCUUGACCUGUUGUCGGCAAUUGAUCUCUCUUGCAACCAACUCACAGGGAUAAUCCUGCCUGGAUUUGGGAAUUUGAGUGAAAUUAGAGGACUAAACUUGUCCCACAACAACUUAACUGGACCUAUCCCCUCAACUUUUUCAGAACUCAAGCAGAUUGAGAGUUUGGACCUUUCUUACAACAACUUAAGUGGUAGGAUCCCCUCUGAACUAACUGAGAUGACUUCUUUGGAGGUAUUUUCCGUCGCACACAACAACUUGUCAGGGCCUCUCCCCGAUAGGAAAAAUCAAUUUGGGACAUUCGAUGAGAGCAAUUACGAGGGAAACCCUCUUCUUUGUGGACCUCCAUUGAACAAGAGUUGUAAUGGAGGUAAUUCACCAACAGCUCCAAAUGCUACAUCUAGUGAAGAAGAACAUGGUCAUAUAGACAUGGUUGAUUUUUAUAUAAGCUUCGCAACUUCCUAUGCUAUUAUAUUUUUGACAACUAUUCUUGUACUCUACAUAAACCCAUACUGGAGACGAGCAUGUUUUUAUUUCAUUGAAGAUCGUAGCAUCGUUUGCUAUUUCUUCAUUGUGGACAGUCUUCGUCAGUUGCCUUGCUUCAGGAGAAACAUCUAG